AUGGCCCCUACUACCAAGCCAAAGCUCGCGCAGUUGACAACUCCCGUCACCGCGACGUUCCCCUCCGAGCUAUCUGCUCUAUCAGCCAGGACACCCCUCUCUGCAGUGCCGGCGUUCGUUAAGGAGGAAUAUCCGGGCGGCGAAAGAACCCCCAUCACCCCGCCUAUGGCAUACAUGGAUUUCCUCAAGGCCAUGUCAGUACCCUCGCCUAUCGUGCCUGAGAAGCGAUCAGAUUCAGGCACUGUCACGCCCGAGGACGACUCCUCAGCACAUGAUUCAGUACCAUCAACCGCAAGCAGCGAACAGACAGACUGCUCUUGCAAAUGUGGGAGUCACAAGUCACCGGCUGCUGUUACAUCGAGCCCCUACCCAACUCACCCCAUGUCUGCGCCGCCCACGGGGGCAACAUCGUUCCCCUGCCUAAACAUCCCACCGUCCCCUGCGAUAUCCCACUUGGACACGCCUCUCAGCGCUACAGCAAGAUCACCAUUCAGCGCCAGAUCAGUACGGUCACCAUUCGACUGGGAGGCAGCGCUGAAGUCCCGGUAUGCGCAGGACAGCAGAGCGCAAAAGUCGACGGGGAAGAGCGUGCGGCAUAUCCGGGAAGUUGUCACAAGGACAGUCACCUACACGCCAAGGAUGAACCCAGCGCCGAAGGGCAAGAGGAGGAGAACGCACUCGAACUGUCCAAAAGCGGAAGCACCGCCAGCAGCAACACGAUCCAACUCGGCAUAG